AUGGGCGGCGUGGGGCCGGGACAGUGGCGCGCGGCCGGGACGGGUGGCGCACGGGCGGCUGGGAGCGGGGCCGGGACAGGCGACGCACGGGCGGCUUGGGGCCGGGACGGCGGCGAGGGGCCAGGACGGGCAGCGCACGGGCGACGAGGGGCCAGGACGGCUGUGCGCGGUCGGGACGGGCGGCGCACGGGCGGCGUGGGGCCGGGACGGGCGGCGCACUGGCGUCGACGGGCCGGGGCAGCGGCGCGCGGCCGAGAUGGGCGGCGCACAGGCGGCGUGGGGCCGGGACGGGCGGCGCACAGGCGUCUGGGGGCCGGGACGGGCGGCGCGCAGGCGUCUAAGGGCGGCGCGACGGCGGCUGUUCUCGCUUUUGACGCUGAGGGUCUGGCCAUUGACUUUGAGGUCUGGGUAGAUGACCUGCAGCUGUUCUUACAGUGCGAUAGGGGAGACGGCCUCUCUCUCUUUGACCUCACCUCUGGCGCCUCCCCUGCCCCUGCUGCAGAUGCUGACGUCACUAUACGCUCCCAGUGGGCCACGCGCGACGCUGCUGCACGACUUGCUGUGCGUCGCCACCUCCCUACCUCCGAGCGUGCGCACUUUAGUCAGUACAAGAGUGCUCAGACCUUGUACGACGCUGUAGUUGCACGCUACUCCUCCCCUGCCACUGCUGCACUGAGCCGUCUCAUGCUGCUGUACCUCUUUCCUGACCUUGCUGCCUUUCCCACAGUCGCUGACCUCAUUACACACCUCCGCACUAGUGACACUCGCUACCGCGCUGCACUUCCUGCUGACUUCUCUGCCAAGAACCCCCCCCCCCCUAUGUACAUCACCCUCUACUUCAUAGUCACUCGCCUCCCUGACUCCCUUAGAGUAGUCAGGGACCACUUCCUCGCAGUGUGCCCCACCACUCUCACCAUUGACCUCCUCGAGAAGGCCCUCCUAGCGGCGGAGAAGAGCAUAGUCGUUGUAGGCGCCUCUCGUGGUGACCCCCGCACCCCUGUCUUUGAGGGGUGUUCUCCCUCCCCCCUCUUGCCCUCUGUUACUUCUGCUGCUGCGGCCGACCUCGUUGGUUUUGAGUCGGUCGGUGCUGCGUCUGCCCCUUCGGGGAAGCGCCGCCUAGGCAAGGGCAAGGGGGGCAAGGGCGCUGGAGGAGCUGGCGGGGGCGGUGGAGGUGGUGGUGGAGGCGACAGAGGGAGUGGGAGUGGUGGUGGGAGUGGUGGAGGAGGUGGGGGUACCGUUGGCAGCAGUGGGGGCGGAGGCGGCGGCGGUGGCGGAGGGAGCGGAGGAGGCGGUGGUAGUGGAGGUGGCGGUGGUGGCGGAGGCGGCGGUGGUGGCGGAUGUGGCGGAGGCGGCGGAGGCGGCGGAGGUGGCGGUGGAGCUGGUCGCGGCCGACCUGCAGCAGUGGGUGAGCUGGUCGACGAGGAGGACGACCUGCACGGGGGACCACUGCACGGGCGCCGCCUUUAG